GAAACCCUCGCGCGCGCCGACAGCCGGCCAUGGAGGACGACCGACAGGGGCCACCAGGCGACGGCGCCGAAGAUCUCGAUCCCCACCUCGACCUCAUCAGCCGCCUCCCGGACGAGCUGCUCGGCACCGUCGUCUCGCUCCUCCCCACCAAGGACGGCGCGCGCACGCAGGCCGUCUCCCGCCGCUGGCGCCCACUCUGGCGCUCCUCCAUGGCGCCGCUCAACCUCAUCGCCGACUACCACCUCUCCGAAAAGGACUCGCGCGCCGCGCUGGUCUCCAGGAUCCUCGCCGAUCACCCCGGCCCGGCCCGCCGCUUCUCGAUCCAGCUCAUGUUCCUCCCCGAGAGCCUCGACGAGGUCGACGGCUGGUUCCGCUCCGGGACCCUCGCCGGCCUCCACCAGCUCGAGGCCACCAACCUGUGUAAUAACCACUACCCGCUUCCGCAGCACGCCCUGGUCCGCUUCGCGCCGACGCUGCGCGUGCUCAGCCUCGGCGGCUGCCGAUUCCCUGACCUGGCCCGGCCGCCGAGCUUCCCGCACCUCAAGCAGCUCAUCCUAUACGAUGUCGGCAUCUCGGAGGGCUCUCUGCAGAGCGUCAUCUCCGGCUGCCGCGUUCUGCAAAGCGUCUCGCUGCACAACAUGGGCUUUGGUCGCCUUUGCAUCAGGUCGCCGACCCUCAGGAGCAUCGGCUUCUAUGCUCCUCGCACGCAAGGUGUCACCACUUUCCGGGAGCUGGUCAUCGAGGAUGCUCCUUGCCUAGAUAGAUUGCUACCAGUUUAUCCAGAUGAUGGUCCGGCGACUAUACGAGUGAUCCGGGCUCCUAAACUGCAGAUAUUGGGGUUUUUGUCGGAAGGCAUAUCCACACUCCAAUUUGGAACCACAGUCUUUCAGAAAAUGUUUGCUGUCAGCUUGACAACCAAGAUGUACACGUUGAAGAUUUUGGCUCUUGACUCAAUUGGCCCUAAUCUGGAUGCAGUUAUUGAUUUUCUCAAGUGCUUCCCCUGCUUGGAGAAGCUCCAUGUCAUAUCGCAUCCCCAAAAUGCUAUGAAUAACGUGCUGAAAUUUGACCCGCUCGAGCGAAUUGAAUGCCUUGAACUCCAUCUAAAAAAAGUGGUGUUGAAGAAUUACAAUGCCGACAAGAGUCCAGCAGUCGACUUUGCAAACUUCUUUAUUUUGAAUGCCAAAGUGCUGGAGGAAAUGGAAAUCGGAGUUCUUCACGACGGCAGUUACAGAAGUAUGUGUGACAAAUGGAUGCGUGAUCAACAUAGGCCACUUCAGUUGGAUAACAGAGCUUCUCAAAAUGCUCGAAUUGAACUGAAAAGGGAUGGAAAGGCGAUCCCAGCAAACCAUGGGCAUACCCAUGAUUUGUCAUUGGCUGAUCCCUUUGACAAGUCCUCGUGUGGAUGUUACAAGUGUGUUAGAUAUAUAUAGUUAGCCUUUUUU